CCGUUGGCGCGGAGGGAGGAGGCUCAGCGCCGCCGCCGUUGCGCAGAUCCGGGCCUCGGCCGCGGGGAGGGACGAGCGGUGACCUUCCGGAGGAGCGGGGCGCAGCGGGCCGGGACGGGGCGCCAUGAACAGCGCGGGCGCCGACGAGAUCGGGAAGCUCUUUGUGGGUGGCCUGGACUGGAGCACCACUCAAGAGACUCUGCGCAGCUACUUUUCCCAGUAUGGCGAGGUUGUGGAUUGUGUCAUCAUGAAAGAUAAAACCACCAACCAAUCUCGAGGCUUCGGGUUUGUCAAGUUUAAAGACCCCAAUUGUGUGGGGACAGUGCUGGCCAGCAGACCACACACCCUGGAUGGCCGGAAUAUUGACCCGAAGCCAUGCACACCUCGGGGGAUGCAGCCAGAGCGAACGCGGCCCAAGGAGGGCUGGCAGAAAGGACCCAGGAGCGACAGCAGCAAAUCCAACAAGAUCUUUGUGGGGGGCAUUCCCCACAACUGCGGUGAGACGGAGCUCAGGGAAUACUUCAAGAAGUUCGGAGUGGUCACCGAGGUAGUCAUGAUCUAUGAUGCAGAGAAGCAGCGACCUCGAGGUUUUGGAUUUAUUACUUUCGAGGACGAACAAUCAGUGGACCAGGCUGUCAACAUGCAUUUUCACGACAUCAUGGGCAAAAAAGUGGAGGUUAAACGAGCUGAACCUCGGGACAGCAAAAACCAAGCACCAGGACAGCCAGGAGCCAGCCAGUGGGGCAGCCGCGUGGCACCCAGUGCAGCCAACGGCUGGGCAGGACAGCCCCCCCCCACAUGGCAGCAAGGUUAUGGCCCACAAGGAAUGUGGGUGCCAGCAGGACAGGCCAUUGGUGGCUACGGCCCACCUCCUGCGGGCAGAGGAGCCCCACCCCCGCCCCCGCCCUUUACAUCCUACAUUGUAUCUACACCGCCUGGAGGCUUCCCCCCACCACAGGGCUUCCCACAGGGCUAUGGUGCCCCGCCACAAUUCAGUUUUGGCUAUGGGCCUCCGCCCCCACCUCCUGAUCAGUUCGCCCCUCCAGGGGUCCCUCCUCCACCUGCUACCCCAGGAGCUGCCCCACUGGCCUUCCCGCCACCUCCGUCUCAGGCAGCCCCUGACAUGAGUAAACCCCCAACAGCCCAGCCGGACUUCCCCUAUGGUCAGUAUGCAGGUUACGGGCAGGACUUGAGUGGCUUCGGUCAGGGCUUCUCGGACCCCAGCCAGCAGCCACCCUCCUAUGGGGGCCCCUCGGUGCCGGGCUCAGGGGGUCCCCCUGCUGGUGGCAGCGGCUUCGGACGCGGGCAGAACCACAACGUGCAGGGCUUCCACCCCUACCGGCGCUAGUGCAGGAUCCGGAACUGGUGAACUCGUGACAAUCACACACUCGGAGCAAAAUAAACGACCAUUCGACCUGGGGGGGUGGGGGCGGGCUGCGAAGGCCGCAUCUGGACUGAGGUUUUAAAUAUAUUUCUUUUCUCUGACCCAUCAGCACAAUAAAAACACGUCACUGGUUCAACAACA